AUGAAGGACGCAUUUGAUCCGAGUUCUGCUCUCAAAACCAGUUGCACCACAGCUGGAGCAAAGUCUGAUUAUGUCUGCCGUCUGUACCCUUCUAUCCUCGAGCUAUGGGCAUUGGUUCUGUCUCAGGAGACCUGGGCUCUACGAACGCCACCCCAAAGCAUCAAAUUCUCGCACUCGAGACGGACAUUAUCAGCAGAAGAUCUCGAGGAUCUUGAGCUCUGGCCAACCACAUAUAGUCACCAUGAAGCUCCGUGUGGAGAAAAAGCAUCUUUGGACACAUACAUUGCUUCAAUCAGUGAUCAGGACAAAUGGAAAUGGGUCAGACUCAUUCUUAGCGACCAGAGAGACCGGUUCUAUGUGUGGAAAUCGAGUUUCUCAAAUGAGGAGUUGGCACAAAUCACGGGUGGCAAGUCCAGCAGGCUGGGGAACUCUUUACUAGAGUCCUUGGUGAACAUCGCAGAGAGCCUCGUGAUGUCCCUCGAUAGCGGCCCCCCCAGCUCGAGGCUUCAUGAGAACGCAACGAAGUUGACAGAGCUGGUAAAGGAAGGCAAAAGGCAUCUGAAAGAUUUUGGCCGGGUCGCAAACGACAGCCUAUGUAGCACAAAGGUGACACUGGGGUACUUGCAGCUUGAGGGUGAUGGGUUGAUUGAGAUAAUGAGUGACGAGAUACAACAACUACAAAGGCUGAGCUAUAGUGCUCGUUUGGAAUUGGAGUUUGGUACAGCAUGA